GGUGGAGAAUCAUUCGUUCUUCGACCAUCAUGAAAGUGCUUGUAGUCUUCGCCCUGGCUUUGGCCACCGCCUCCGCCGCACUGCUGCCUCAGCAGCGCCCAGUUCACCCCCGUGACCUGCCCGCCGUGACCUCGAUCGAGGGUCGCAUUACCAACGGCAAGACCGCCUCCGAGGGCGAGUUCCCCUACCAGGUGGGACUCAGCUUCGCCAGCUCCAGCGGCAGCUGGUGGUGCGGUGGCUCCAUCAUCGGAAACCAGUGGGUGCUGACCGCCGCCCACUGUACCGAUGGUGCCUCCGCUGUGACCGUCUACUACGGCGCCACCAUCCGCACCAGCGCCAAGGUGACCCACACCGUUGCCAGCUCCAACUUCAUCCAGCACGAGAGCUACAACUCCAUGGUGCUGAGGAACGACAUUUCCCUGAUCAAGACCCCGUCGGUGACCUUCACCACCUACAUCAAGAGCGUUGAACUGCCCGCCAUCGCCAGCAGCUACUCCACGUACGCCGGACAGAAGGCCAUCGCCUCCGGAUGGGGCAAGACCUCCGAUGACGCUUCCACCGUGUCCAACACCCUGCAGUACGAGACCUUCGAGGUGGUGUCCGUCGCCACCUGCCAGAAUACCUACGGCUCUCUGAUCGCCACCUCCAAGGUGAUCUGCAUCGCCACCCCCAACCAGACCUCCACCUGCAACGGCGACUCUGGCGGUCCUCUGGUCCUGGCCACCGACAAGAUCCUCAUCGGAGUCACCUCCUUCGUGUCCAGCGCUGGCUGCCAGUCCGGUGCCCCGGCUGGCUUCACCCGCGUGACCAGCUACUUGGACUGGAUCAAGUCCAACUCCGGCAUCUAAGGCAAAGCACUCUUCAAAUAAAUACGACUAUUGAUUAAAUUGAA